GUUCCUGUCGGCGGCGGCGGCGAAGGGCCUUGUUUCCGCUUUCCGCUGCAGCCCGCGCUCCGCUCUCAGCCGACCCGGGAUCAUGGCGGCCACAGCCACGAUGGCCACCUCGGGCUCGGCGCGGAAGCGGCUACUCAAAGAGGAAGACAUGACCAAAGUGGAAUUCGAGACCAGCGAGGAGGUGGACGUGACCCCCACGUUCGAUACCAUGGGCCUGCGGGAGGACCUGCUGCGCGGCAUCUACGCCUACGGAUUUGAAAAACCAUCGGCAAUCCAGCAGCGAGCCAUCAAGCAGAUCAUUAAGGGGAGAGACGUCAUCGCCCAGUCUCAGUCUGGCACCGGCAAGACUGCCACCUUCAGUAUUUCCGUCCUCCAGUGUUUGGACAUUCAGGUUCGUGAAACCCAGGCUUUGAUCUUGGCCCCAACGAGAGAGUUGGCCGUGCAGAUCCAGAAGGGCCUGCUCGCGCUGGGUGACUACAUGAACGUCCAGUGCCAUGCCUGCAUCGGGGGCACCAACGUGGGGGAAGACAUCCGGAAGCUGGACUACGGGCAGCACGUGGUCGCUGGCACGCCUGGACGUGUCUUUGACAUGAUUCGUCGCAGAAGUUUGAGGACACGUGCUAUCAAGAUGUUGGUUUUGGACGAGGCUGAUGAAAUGUUGAAUAAAGGUUUCAAAGAGCAGAUUUACGACGUGUAUAGGUACCUGCCCCCAGCCACGCAGGUGGUGCUCAUCAGCGCCACGCUGCCUCACGAAAUCCUGGAGAUGACCAACAAGUUCAUGACCGACCCCAUCCGCAUCCUAGUGAAACGUGAUGAGUUGACUCUGGAAGGCAUCAAGCAGUUCUUUGUGGCGGUGGAAAGAGAAGAGUGGAAGUUUGACACGUUGUGCGAUCUCUACGACACGCUGACCAUCACGCAGGCCGUCAUCUUCUGCAACACCAAAAGGAAGGUCGACUGGCUGACGGAGAAGAUGAGAGAAGCCAACUUCACCGUGUCGUCAAUGCACGGGGACAUGCCCCAGAAGGAGCGCGAGUCCAUCAUGAAGGAGUUCCGCUCCGGCGCCAGCCGAGUGCUCAUUUCCACGGACGUGUGGGCCAGGGGCCUGGACGUGCCCCAGGUGUCUCUCAUCAUUAACUACGACCUGCCCAACAACAGAGAGCUGUACAUACACAGGAUUGGGCGUUCGGGUCGGUACGGCCGGAAGGGUGUGGCGAUCAACUUUGUGAAGAACGAUGACAUUCGCAUCCUUCGGGACAUAGAGCAGUACUACUCCACCCAAAUCGACGAGAUGCCCAUGAACGUUGCUGAUCUGAUCUGAGGAGUCUGCAGAUAGUCACGCAAAUGUUCGGCCUUGCUGGGCUCGGAAACGUGUUGUUGUCAAACGUGAGACAGCUGUGGAAUGGUGCACAUCUGGGCUCGCUUCUUAGAUGUGCAUGGGAGCCGCCCGCAGGCUCUACUCUGAUGGAAGGUUGCUGGGGGAGCGGUUUCUCUGAUGGGAUUAUGUGAACACUUUUCUUGUACUUCUGGGGAUGAAACCAUUUGUUGUUGCUUAUACAUGGUCGAUAUUAAGAAAUUUUGUAAAACAGGAAAAUAAGCAUGGAGUCUUGCUGCCUUUUCUUAUCUACAUGUAAAUAAUGCGUUGCUCUCAGUCUUUUUCAUUAAACCUUUAAAACUUUUCCCAUGAA